AAACAAUAAUAAUGUCGUGCAUCAGAGAUAUCAUCAUCACCAUCUCCUCACGAGAUUCUGCUCCUGUUAUACGCACUUCUCAUUCUCAACUCGCUCCGAGUUGACUCAUUCCCGUCCCAUCCAUUUCAAGAUCAACCACAUCAACCUCCGCCACCGCACUCCGCCGUCAAUCGUCCCAAUCAACCACCUCCGUCAAUGCAAAACUCGCCGUCGAUUACCGUCGGCACAUCCUCUCCCAUAUCGCGGGAAUAACCUUCCUUUGACUUCGCUUUUCAGCGAAUUCGAUGGCUCUUUUUCGGUCUCUUGUCCUCCUCGCCGCAAUCUGUGCAGUUCUCCUACCAAUCGCAGCCAGCGACGGCGAUACCGAUCCGAUUUACAAGGGCUGUGUAGAACAGUGUGAAAAAUCUGGAUGUGUAGGGGCUAGGUGUUUUCAGCAUUGUAAAUUCUCAUCAGAUGGAAAACCUAUUGAUGGUCCAUGGUAUAUGCAUGAACCACUUUACCUGGAGUGGAAACAAUGGGACUGUCGCACUGAUUGUCGGUAUCACUGCAUGCUAGUUAGAGAGGAAGAAAGAACGAAACUUGGUGAAAAGCCUGUCAAGUAUCAUGGAAAAUGGCCAUUUAGGCGCAUUUAUGGGAUUCAGGAACCUGUGGCUGUGGCUCUGUCUGCUCUUAAUCUUGCUAUGCAGUUUCAUGGCUGGGUAUCCUUCUUCAUUCUUGUUUACUACAAGUUGCCUCUGAGGCCAGAUAAGAAGGCUUAUUAUGAGUACACCGCCUUGUGGCAUAUUUAUGGGAUUCUUUCGAUGAAUGCAUGGUUGUGGAGUGCUGUUUUUCAUAGUAGAGCUGUGGAAUUAACAGAGAAGCUGAAUUAUUCUUCUGCUGUGGCCUUGCUUGGAUUUUCCCUCAUUCUAGCAAUACUCCGAGCUUUUAAUGUGAGGGAUGAGGCUACAAGAGUCAUGGUUUCUGCUCCCUUGGUUGCUUUUGUGACAACUCAUAUCAUGUAUCUGAAUUUCUACGAACUGAAUUAUGGUUUGAACAUGAAAGUUUCAAUGUUGAUGGCUGUUGUCCAGCUUCUUAUUUGGGCAUUCUGGGCGGUUGUUUCCAGCCAUCCGUCACGAUGGAAAUUAUGGACAGUGGUGAUCGGAGGAGUCCUUGCUAUGAUCUUAGAGACAUAUGACUUCCCACCUUACAUGGGAUACGUUGAUGCUCAUGCUGUAUGGAAUGCAGCAAACAUUCCCCUCACAUUCCUUUGGUGGAGUUAUAUAAGAGAUGAUGCUGAAUUUAGAACCUCUGCUCUUCUUAAGAAGGUUAAAUAGUGUUGUUGAAUAAUUGACAUGAAAGGGUCGAUUAGAUGAAGGACGUUCAUAUGCUUACUUUGAUCUGUAAAUUAGAACCACUUUCCUUUUCCUCGCGCGAGCAUUUUUUAAGUGCUUAUCGCGAUGGUUUCCAUGUUUUUGAAUUUGUAACUUUUGUUUUCCUCAUGUAUGAAACAUACUUGUUAAUGUAAUUUAAAUUUGUUAUGCCUUA